AUGGAUCAGUGUGAGGACAGAGAGGAGGGAGUCCCUCCCUCUAAAAGAGCCAGAGAGAGCCAGAGCAAAGCUCAGAGGAUCGCUGAAAGAUUAGACUUUCCUGAGCCUGGACCUAGCUGUGUGUCCAUGAGCAGCGAGAAGUCAAAGGAGUUGUACGGUGUUAAUUACAAAAAAGAUUCUGCUUCAGAGAGGGUGGACCAGGAGAGUUUAGAGAUUCCCAGUGGUCAGUCUGCCCAGCAGCAUCAAACAAAUCUGGAUUCCAUAUUUCAGCUGUUGGAGGACAAUGUUGUCAGCUUUGUGAAGAAUGAGAUGAAGAUGAUUAAGGAGAGUUUAAGUCCAGAUUAUACAGGAUGCUUAAAGAGUCACAGUGAAGAUGAGAAGGUUUUGAAAAAUGAGGAUGAGGAAGAGCAGAGGAGGAACAACAGAGAUGCAGUUGUGAAGAUCAUUCUGCACUUCCUGAGGAAACUGAAGCAGGGAGAACUGGCAGACCAUCUGCAGAGCAAAUUUCCCAAUUUCCCAGUGUGCCGGCAUACACUUAAAUCUACACUGAAGAAGAAGUUCCAGUGUGUGUUUGAGGGAAUUCCUAAAGCAGGUAACCCAACACCCCUGAAUCAGAUCUACACAGAGCUCUACAUCACAGAGGGAGGGACUGCAGCGGUCAAUGAUGAACAUGAGGUCAGACAGAUUGAAACAGCAUCCAGGAAACCAGACAGACCAGAAAAAAUAAUUAAACAGGAAGAUCUAUUUAAAAUAUCAUCUGGAAGACAAAAACCAGUCAGAACAGUGCUGACAAAGGGAGUGGCUGGCAUUGGAAAAACAGUCUUAACACAGAAGUUCACUUUGGACUGGGCUGAAGACAAAGUGAACCAAGACAUCCAGUUCAUGUUUCCAUUCACUUUUAGAGAGCUGAAUGUGCUAAAAGAGAAAAAGUUCAGCUUGGUGGAACUUGUUCAUCACUUCUUUACUGAAAGUAAAAAAGCAGGAACCUGCAGCUUUGAAGACUUCCAGGUUGUGUUCAUCUUUGAUGGUUUAGAUGAGUGUCGACUUCCCCUGGACUUCCACAACACUGAGAUCAUAACUGACCCCCGAAAGUCCACCUCAGUGGAUGUGAUACUGACAAACCUCAUCAAGGGGAAACUGCUUCCCACCGCUCGCCUCUGGAUAACCACGCGACCUGCAGCAGCCAAUCAGAUCCCUGCUAAUUUUGUUGACGUGGUGACAGAGGUCAGAGGAUUCACUGACCCACAGAAGGAGGAGUACUUCAUGAAGAGAUUUAGAGAUGUGAAGCUGGCUAGGAAUGUAGUCUCCCAUAUCAAGACAUCACGAAGCCUCCACAUCAUGUGCCACAUCCCAGUCUUCUGCUGGAUCACUGCUACUGUUCUGAAGGACAUGCUGAACACCAGAGAGGGAGGAGAGCUGCCCAAAACACUGACAGAGAUGUACAUCCACUUCCUGGUAGUUCAGGCAAAAGUCAAAAAGGCCAAGUAUGAUGGAGGAACUGAGACAGAUCCACACUGGAGUCCAGAGAGCAGGAAGAUGAUUGAAUCUCUGGGGAAACUGGCUUUUGAGCAGCUGCAGAAAGGAAACCUGAUCUUCUAUGAAUCAGAACUGACAGAAUGUGGCAUCGAUAUCAGAGCAGCCUCGGUGUACUCAGGAGUGUUCACACAGAUCUUUAAAGAGGAGAGAGGACUGUACCAGGACAAGGUGUUCUGCUUUGUUCAUCUGAGUGUUCAGGAGUUUCUGGCUGCUCUUCAUGUCCACCUGACAUUUAUUAACUCUGGAGUUAAUCUGCUGGACGAGCAACAAAAAUCAUCGCAUCAGUGUGAAACAGAUGAAUACUUCUAUGAGAGUGCUGUGGACAAGGCCUUACAGAGUCCAAAUGGACACUUGGACUUGUUCCUCCGUUUCCUCCUGGGUCUUUCACUUCAGACCAAUCAGACUCUCCUACAAGGCCUGCUGACACAGACAGGAAGUAGCUCACAGACCAAUCAGGGAACAGUUCAGUAUAUCAAGAAGAAGCUCAGUGAGAAUCUGUCUGCAGAGAAAAAUAUCAAUCUGCUCCACUGUUUGAAUGAACUGAAUGAUUGUUCUCUAGUGGAGGAGAUCCAACAGUCCCUGAGAUUGGGACAUCUCUCUGCAGAUAAACUGUCUCCUGCUCAGUGGUCAGCUCUGGUCUUCAUCUUACUGUCAUCAGAAAAAGACCUGGAUGUGUUUGACCUGAAGAAAUACUCUGCUUCAGAGGAGGCUCUUCUGAGGCUGCUGCCAGUAGUUAAAACUUCCAGUAAAGCUCUGUUGAGCAGCUGUAACCUCUCAGUGAAAAGCUGUGGAGCUCUCACCUCGGUCUGCAGUUUUCAGUCCUCCAAUUUGACAGAGCUGGACCUGAGUAACAAUGACCUGAGAGAUUCAGGGGCGAAAAUGUUGUCUUCUGGACUGACAAUUUUACACCUACAACUAGAAACGCUCAGGCUGUCUGGCUGUCUGAUCACACAAGAAGGUUGUUCUUCUCUGGCAUCAAGUCUGCACUCUAGGGGCUCCCAUCUGAGAGAGCUGGACAUGAGCUACAAUCAUCCAGGAGAAGCAGGCAUGAUACUACUGAAGAAUCUGAAACUUGAAACUCUAAGGGUGGAGCCUGCUGGAGAACAUUGGUUGAGACCAGGUCUGAGGAAGUAUUCCUGUCAACUCACAAUCGACACAAACACAGUAAAUAGAAAUCUCAAACUGUCUGACAACAACAGGAAGGUGACACGUGUGGAGGAGUUUCAGUCAUAUCCUGAUCAUCCAGACAGAUUUGAUGAUGGGUAUCCUCAACUGUUGUGUAAAAAUGAUCUGAUUGGUCGCUGUUACUGGGAGGUUGAAUGGAGAGAACUGGCUGAGAUAUCAGUGAGUUACAGAAAAAUUGUAAGGAAAGGAGACAGUAAUGACUGUUUGUUUGGAAGGAAUGAUCAUUCAUGGAGUCUGUACUGCUCUCAUGACUAUGGAUUUGAUGUUUAUCACAAUAAGAAAAAAACAUGCAUCUCCUCCUAUUCCUCCUCCUCCUCUGUCUCUAACAGAGUAGCAGUCUAUGUGGACUGUCCUGCUGGCACUCUGUCCUUCUACAGAGUCUCCUCUGACACUCUCAUCCACCUCCACACCUUCAACACCACAUUCACUGAAACUCUUUAUCCUGGGUUUGGGUUAUGGUUUGGUCAGUCUGGUGCUUCAGUGAGUCUGUGUGUAGGUUAG